AUGCAACAAGGCAUUCCUUUGUUUGGAGAUUUCCAACAAGCCCCCGAUAUGUUGUUGACUCCGCCCCAGGACAAACAACCAGCGACAAUGCAACAGCCAGUGCCUUCUAUUGAUCUGUCCAAUUUCAUGAUGUCGGAGCCAGCAGGACUUGCUUCCAGUUUGGCCGACCCGUUGAACUCGUGUUCUGUUUCGUCAGCAUCCAACGUGGGAAUCAGAACUCGACACAGAAGCGGGACGUUACCAACCAAGUUGUCGUCUAGUGCCGGUCCGAUGCCUUCGGCGACGAACACCUCGACCACCCCGCUGUUGCCUCCGGAAACAAACCAUUUGAACGUCAGCAUUAGUCCCGGUUUGAACGCGGUGUAUGAAGAUUCCAAUUUGCUCAAUCAACCUACACAAACAAGAAUCCGGUCGGCCUCGAUCCAGAGCAGCAUCUGGUCGGACCAGCAGGACUCCAGCUCGACGUUUCUGCCUGUUCCUCAGGAUCCGAACAACACCUUGCUCCAGAUACCGCAGUUGAACAUUGAUCUUGAUUCGAUUUUGUCGUCCGCGACCUCUACCACGAUUCCGUCGGUUCCAUCUGUUCCGUCUGGGUCGGCAACUUCCCCGGCCAGCUCAACUAAUAGAAUCAGAUCUUACUCUGCCAACAACGCUCUGUUCAACCCGUCGGAAAAGCUUUUCCUCCAACAAUACACCCCGAUCAAGGAAGAGUUCGUUCCGCCGGUAAAUUUUGGGUUACUAGAUGAUACCAACGGGAGACCUCGCUCUCACACGAGUGGCGUAUUCCCACAACCCUCGAGCAUGCCUUUGCUCCAAGAUAAUUUGCCCGAGCUGUGCAUCUCGAUCACCUCGACGCACACCAACCCUUCGCUCGGCCCAACAAACACCCUGUUGUUCAUCAACAUCCCAAACGACAAGGAACUAUCCAAUGCUCUUAAUUUCUACAAGAUGCUUAAUCAGUUUGGCCCAAUGACCUCGGUCCGGAUCGUCACUUGCAGCGAAAACCCCGACCUGGUGGCCAUUGUCGAGUUUGUUGAUGUUGAAAGCGCAAUGAGGUGCAAGUCCAAGAUGAAUUUCCAAGAAUUAAUGCCUGGUCUCUGUUGUCUUGUUUCGUUUGCCAAGAUCCUCUCGUUGAACGACAAGCCUUCCUCGUUGGGUGUUCCAAUUCUGCCUGUUAACCGGGAGAGGGAGGAAUCCGCAGCAAAGAGCUCCAAGAUGACGAUUUUGAACGACAAGUUUUUCAACUUCCAGUCGUCGUUGAACGUUUUGCUCCAGAAGAUCAGUCUUUCUGCUAGCGAAAGAAAUCAUUUGAACAUUAUGGUGAGCAAUGCGUUGAACUACCCAACUAUUAGAAAGCAAGAUUUGGGCAAGUUGCCUGCACCUGCUGCGGUGAGACACUUUGACACGCCAAAAUUGCGCGAGAUUAGAAAACAACUCGACAGCCACCAUUUGUCCAAAAUCGAGAUCGAAGAACUGGCGUUGGCCAUGCACGACGAGCUUCCGGAACUGGCCUCGGAUUAUCUGGGAAACACCAUUGUCCAGAAGCUCUUUGAAGUGUGCGACAACCCAAUCAGAGACUCGAUGAUCAAAAAGCUUGCUCCUUACUUUGCCCAGACCGGUGCUCACAAAAACGGUACAUGGGCUGCUCAAAAGGUGAUCAACACGAUUGCCACAGAUAGAGAAAAGUGGAUGGUUGCCAAUGCGCUAAAGCCUUAUUGCACGCAGCUUUUCAACGACCAGUAUGCCAACUACGUGAUCCACGGAGUGUUGAAGUUUGGCGAGCCUUACAACGACUUCAUUUCCGAGACCAUGCUCAGCACGUUUUUGGAGCUGUCCAAGAACAGAUUCGGGGCUCGUGCUGUGCGUACGUGUUUGGAGAGCGAGAGUGUGAGCAGAGAAACGGUUGUUGCCAUUGCUGCGUGUGUGAUUACAUGGUUCUGGGAACUGGUUGUGGACUCCAACGGGUCGAUUUUGAUCACGUGGUUCCUGGAUACUUGUCAGCUUGUUGACGACAGACACUUGAUGUUGACACAGCUGCUUCUUUCUGAGAGUUCUGACGAGAGCCAGUUUGUGAAGCUGUGUUGCUCGAAAGUUGGUAACUUGAGUGUUUUGAAGCUGUUGAGCUUCCGUGGAGACAACAACGCGCGGGACCUAAUUUUGAAGGAGAUUUUCGGCCAGGAUCUGUUUGAACACGAGGACUGUGUUCACGUGAGCGAGGCGCUGAGACAGAUUCUGAACGACAAGACGUCGAACGGGUCCACGUUCAUCUACAAGGUGCUUUCGCUUCCGACGAUCGACGCGGAGCUGCGCAAGCGGAUCAGCUCGAGAAUCCGGUACGUUCUGCAAGAUCCAAGUUUGAGCGGCCACCAGUACAAGCGGCUCUACGAGGAGGUUGGUUUGAAACGACACCAGCGGCCGUCCACGGGUGCACACAAGAAAAAGACACGGUCGCGGUCCAACAGCAGCAACGACCCGCACGCGGCGUCAGGCGACGUUGACUACGACGCGGUUUUGCGCCAGCAACUAGAGAAGCUGUCUGUGAGCCAAGAGCAGCAGCUUUUUUUCUGA